AGAAUUUCUGUUAUCGAGUUCUGUGUCUUUCUGGUAGGGUUUUCGAGUGGACGAAGACGAUAACAGCGUUUCAGUUGUUCGUAAGCUUCAUCUCUCGACUUUCGUCGUCGUAUUGUUGUCGCAGUUGGUGUUUUUAAUUCUUUAGAAGCAUGAAGCAAUAAAAAUUUCUUCGUUGUGUUUAUGUGAAAGAGAAUGAGAAUGUAUUCAUCCAGAGGAAGUAACGCUUAUGGACAACAGUCAUAUACUGGGCAAUCUUCAUAUGGCCAAUCUUUGGGAACUGCUUAUUCUGGUAGUUCUGUUGGAGGGACUGAUGGAGGAACUCAACUUUCCCUGGCUUCGCGUCAUUCAUCUAUGUUAGGUGCUUCUCAAGAAGCUGAUGCUGGCGGGUAUAGAACUCAUCCUUCAGCGCAAACACAUUAUGGGGGACAAUAUAGUUCCGUAUAUGGCUCGGCUGCUUUGAGUGCUGCACCUCAGGUUCCUUCCGUGUCUGCCAAAGUUGGAUCUUCGGCUUUGGAAGGUCGUGCUGGCUAUGCAUCAGCUAUACCAGAUUCACCAAAGUUCUCCUCUGGUGACUAUGUCUCAUCUUCAAGCCACUCAUAUGGUCACAAAGGAGAUCAGUUAUAUGCAGAGAAGGUUCCUGAUUAUCCUGUGAUAGACAGAAGGCAAUAUGGUGAACGGCGGAGUAGUUAUAUGGGGAGGGACUUACAGAGUGAACCAACUGGGAGAUAUGCUGAUUCUAUUGGUUUUGUUUCUCAACAUCAGUCUGAAAUUUAUGACCGCAUUGAUCAGACGGUGCUGCUUCGACAAGAACAAUUACUGAAAACACAGGCGUUGCAGUCUGCUUCUCUUGAUGGAAGUGCCAGACAAGCUGACUAUCUUGCAGCAAGAGGUGCUACUAGUCGUCAUCCCACCCAAGAUCUCAUCUCUUUUGGAGGAAGAAUGGAUGCUGAUCCUCGUAGUUUAUCAAUGCUUAGUGCUUCUUCAUACAGUGCACAGCAUGCCCCUUCAAUACUGGGGGCAGCUCCACGGAGAAAUGUGGAUGAUCUCAUGUAUGCCCCGAGUUCUUCAAAUCCUGGUUAUGGAGUGAGUUUACCUCCUGGUAGGGACUAUGCGACUGGGAAAGGGCUUCAUGGCCCAUCGCUUGAGUCAAAUUAUCCAACUAGUGUGUUGCCUCGUAGUGGUCAUCCAAGGAUUGAUGAGCGCAAGGAUGAUAGAGCUAGUUAUCUUCGGGAGUUCGAUCUAAGGGAAGAGGAGCGUCGUCGGGAGCGUUUGCGUGAGAGAGAGAGAGAUAGAGAAAGGGAAAAGGAACGAGAACGAGAACGUGAUCGAGAACGAGAAAGAGAAAGAGAACGAGAACGAGAACGAGAAAGAGAACGUGAAAGAGAACGCAUUGAGCGGCGGGAAAAAGAAAGAGAACGAGAGCGCAAACGUGCUUUUGAGAUUAGGCUUGAGCGAACUCCACCAAGAGUUUCUAAGGAUCGCCGUGGUUCUUCUUUGUCGAAGGAGGGAAGACCUUUACACAGGGAUUCCCCACAUCAUGAAGCUAUGCAUAGGCGCCAUUCCCCUGUUAAAGAAAAAAGGAGAGAAUAUGUCUGCAAGGUUUACUCAUCGAGUCUGGUAGAUGUGGAGAGGGAUUAUUUGUCCAUCAAUAAGCGAUAUGCGAGACUCUUCAUAUCCCCAGAGUUCUCCAAGGCUGUUGUAAACUGGCCAAAGGGGAAUCUUAAACUCUCUUUCCACACUCCUGUCAGUUUUGAGCAUGAUUUUAUUGAAGAGGAGGUUGCAGCUGAGCCAAAAAAGACUUCCACUGACCUUUUGGCUGAAGAACCUGCUAAAUCAGGAAAUGGAAAUGUAGUGUGGAAUGCUAAGAUUAUUUUAAUGGGUGGAAUCAGCAGGAAUGCUCUGGAGGAGCUUUCAUCCGAAAAAAAUUAUGAUGAUCGCAUUCCCCAUAUCUGCAAUAUCCUUAGGUUUGCUGUUCUUAAAAGGGACCAUUCUUUCAUGGCAAUUGGUGGCCCAUGGCAUUCUGUCGAUGGUGGUGACCCGUCGAUUGAUGAUACCUCUUUAAUUCAAACUGUAAAAAGGUACGCAAAAGAUGUUGCUCAACUUGAUCUGCAAAAUUGCCAGCAGUGGAAUCGUUUUCUUGAGAUACAUUAUGAUAGAGUUGGCGAGGAUGGACUAUUUAGCCAUAAGGAGGUCACUGUACUGUUUGUUCCAGAUUUAUCUGAAUGUCUCCCUUCAUUGGACACAUGGCGAGAACAAUGGCUUUCUCACAAGAAGGCUGUUGCUGAAAGAGACCAACUUUCGCUGAGAAAAGAGAGAUUAAGGGAGAAGGAACAGUCAAAAGAUAAGGAAAAUGAUUCCUCAAAAGCUGUCAAAAAGUUAGACAAGGAAGAAAGAAAGAAAGAGCCUGCAUCCUCAGGAAAAGCAAAUCAUUCUAGCAAAAAAGAGAACAAUGACAAGAAGGGAGAUGCAGCAGAAGGAAAUGGUGAAGCAAGUGACAAGAAGCCUUUUAACAAUGAUGCAAGUGAAACUGGUGCAGCAAGUGGAAAUGUGUUGAAAAAAGAACUGGUGGAAAGUGCUGGUGCUCAGACAACUGGUGGAGUGAAGACUGGAAAGAAAAAAAUUAUAAAGAAGAUUGUCAAACAGAAGGUUGUUGGUAAGCCUACUGGUGAUAAUACAAAUAAGCAGCAGAAUGAAACCGGUGAUGGACAGAAGGAUGCAAACUUAGAGGUGCUGGGUCAACAAGAUGAGUCUUUAUCUAAUUCUCCUGGGGUCAAAACUUUUGUUAGGAAAAAGGUUGCAAAGAAGUUGGUGAAACCUAACGAGACUGAGGAUAAAGACACGCAACUUGAGAUGAAAGUUGAGAAGAAAACGGACUGCUCUGAGGAUAAACCAAAGGAAAGUUCAGAUGCAAGUGGUGCCGUUGUACAAGACACCGGUGUGAAAACAACUAUAAAGAGGAAGAUUAUUAGGAGGGUACCUAAAAGAAAGGUCACCGGCAUGGAACCCACCAAUGGGGUUUCUAACAUUAAGAAAGAUGGUGACAGCAUUGGGACAAAUGUUAUUCAGGUCGGAGGUGGAGUACAAAGCACAAAGAACCAUACAGCAGAUGCAGAAAACACUGCUGGUGAAGUUGAAAAAACAGAAAAAAAAAUAAUUUCUAAAUUAAACUCAACAAAACCAAAAGUCAUUGGGAAGCAAGAUGACAUGGUCAAUUCAAGCAACAAUGGAGGAAUAAAGAAUGAAAAAGUGGAGAAGAAAGAUGUAAAGGGGAUUGGAGAAAAAAGUGGAUCUGGGGCUAGAGAAGAGAUUGAGACUGAGAAACUAAAAGUACCUGAAAAGGAUAGCCAUGAUGACAAGCGGGGGAAAUUAAAAGAUAGCGAUAAAUCAAAAGAUGAGAGAGAUAAAAAAGAAGAUGGCAAAGAUGAGUCUAGAGGCAAAUCAAACAAAGAACUGAAGGAAAAGAGAAAGCCUGAAGAACUUCCUCGACAUCCGGGGUUUAUUCUACAAACUACAUGGAGCAAGGAUUCUAAAUUGCGCACAUCAUCACUUUCACUGGAUUCACUUCUGGAUUAUUCGGACAAGGACAUAGAAGAAUCAACAUUUGAGCUUUCACUAUUUGCGGAAACACUGUAUGAGAUGCUUCAGUAUCGGAUGGGUUGUCGUCUUUUAACAUUUCUCCAGAAACUUCGUUUAAAAUUUGUUAAAAAAAGAUCACAACAUAAGAGGCAACGGGAAGAAAAGAAUGAGACUGGAAAUGAAAAAAUGUCAUCAAUGAAGCGACCGAAGACUGAUGAGUUCCCUGUGAAAAGCCAAUCUACUCAAUCUUCUGAAGCAGUAUCAACAGCCCAGCCAGAUAAUGAAAAAAAUAUAGUUGAAGAGCCUAACCCCAUUGAUCAUGUUGAUGAGGGGAAUAUACAGCAUGAAAAUGAUGCUCUAGAUGAAGAUCCAGACGAAGAUCCAGAAGAAGAUCCAGAAGAUGAUCCGGAAGAAGAUCCAGAAGAAGAUGAAGAAAUGGAGGAUGGAAGUCCUCGACAUGAUCCCUCUUCAGAGAAUAACGAAGGGAAAACCAGUGUUGCUGAGCCCGAAAACAAGAAGGAUGACCCCAAUGAGUCAGUCAAGGAACUACCUAACGUAAAAUCUGCAGAGACAACAGGCGCUUCUGAUUCUAAUACGUAUGAAAAAAGAGAGGCAAAGGUGGAAGUCAGUAAGAAAGAAACUCCUGCUGCAAAGGAGGUUGUUCUUGACAAGGAACUAUUGCAGGCUUUUAGGUUUUUUGACCGGAAUCAAGUUGGCUACAUUAGGGUUGAGGAUAUGAGGUUAAUUAUCCACAACUUGGGAAAGUUCCUAUCAUACAGGGAUGUGAAGGAACUUGCUCUGAGUGCAUUAUUAGAGAGCAACACAGGAAGGGACGACCGCAUUCUUUACAAUAAGCUGGUCUGGAUGUCCGACAUUUAGGAACCUUUAGAGGCAGAUCUAGGCACCUGGAAUUAUCUUUUUAGCUUCAGGAUUUUAGUAGUGCAUAUAGUAACUUUUGACAGGAAUAAAAUAUUUCUAUUUAUUAUUUAGAGGGAAUUGAUUUUUUUCUUUUUUCUUUUUUUCUUUGUUGCGGUGUGUUUUGACAUUGUUCUAUGAUUUCUCUUUUUUCGUUUC